GUAUCCCAGGUCCAGGCCUAGGGGCACCUGGAGGGUGUCGGGCGGGUAGCACAGUGCUCCCAUGCAGGGGGCAUGAUGGUUUGCAGCGCUUGUACCAUGUUGACACGUGUCCUGCCCUGCAGCGAGGCGUCACAAGCUGGCGUGUGUGUCCUGAGCGGGACCGAGCUCGUGGCUGACUGGAGGCAUUACAUACAGUAAGGGGGGGCCGGGCACUGGCCGGGCAGGGGACCUGAGGGCACCUGGUGCUCCCUGAGGGGGCAGGAGGAGCAGAGCUCCCUGCAGCAGGGUGGAGAGAUCAGAACGGGCCCCUCUGACCUUGGGGUGUCCGGGACGGCGGGGGCGGGUGUCUGCAGGCUGGUGCCUGGCUCCGAGCUCUGCCAGCCAGCGCAGAGCGGGGAGGGGCGGCUCCAGCUGCUCCUUGCUUUGCUGGCUUCUUCCUGGAAAAGUACAGAGUGCCGGGAUCAGUAACUAACGGGCAAGACUGGGACCCUUUUAUACCAGGCAUUAUAUGAACCCCCAGGCCAGGAUUGGGGGGCGCCAGGUGCUGUACAGACCCUCUGGACCAGGAUUGGGGCUGGGCCAAGCACUGUAUGGACCCCCCGGGGCCAAGAUCAGGGGGCGUGGGGUACUGGACAAGCCCUCCAGGCCGGGAUCAAGGCAAUGUGGGCAGGACGGUAGGUACAGGAACAACCCCAAGUCCCUGGCAGAUGCAGGAGAGCCAAGCGCAGCGGCUGCUCCAAGCCGCAGUGCCCGCGGGGCCAGAGCAACUUCCCUGGAAAAAUACGGGGUGCGCGGCCAAGCUGAGCCUGGCACAGCCCUGGGGGCCUCAGUGCCCGCCCAGCCACCCCCAAGCCUCCAACAGGAGGCAGUGCAUGCACCUGCGUGUGUGCAUGGCUUUUUCCAUGGGCUGUCACCUCCAGAUGCUCCAAGGCCAGGGCCCCCCGGUACCCCUGUGCCCUGCAGGAAGCUGCACCCGGUGCUGGGCUGUGCUACUCGCUUGCUGCUCCCUGCUGCGGUGGCUGAGGCCGGCAGCAGUGGGGAGCUGAGCCUUGUGCCAGCCGCUGCCUUGUGCCCCUGCCUGCGGCCGCUGCCCAACCAGCCUGCCCAGCUCAACACCGUCUCUGUAUUUUGCUACGACCCGGCUGGGCUGCCCCUGCCGGCCACGUUCCUCAGAGACCCGGCGCACCUGGCAGACUGGGAGAGACAUGGCUACGUGGCCACGCCAGAUCCAGGGCCAGGCCCCAAAGAAGGCCUCGCCAGGCCAGACGCCUGCUACCUGCUGCACCGGGGCAGCGGGGAGGCUGCGGAGCCGGGUGCACAGCCCCAGACCCUGCUGCUCUUCCUGCUGCUGCGCUACGCAGACCCCUUCCAGGACCCACCGGUCUGCGAUGCCCGGACGCGGCAGGUGCUCGUGUCCCACGUGGAGCAGAUCCUGGGGUGCAGCGCAGGGGCAGUGAGGGAGGCCGUGCAGGGGGUCGUGGAUGCCACGCUGGAGGAGGAUGCCCACAGGCAGAGGAGCCAACGCCAGCUGUGCCAGGCCCUGCCUGUGGUCUUGGAGGCCGUGUCCAGCGUGGUGAGCAGCAGCACCAGUGCCCGCUUCCGGAGGGCUUGUCUGCAGAGCUGGCAGGUCUCAGAUACCCCGGAGCUGGUGGCGGCGCUGAGCGGGGCCCUGACGGGUGUCACACGGAGGCGGCGCCUGCCCCACAGCUCCUGCACUGACCCAGGGCCCCCAUGGGCUGGGUCCCCCCCAGGGCAGCCACCCUUACAAGAGGAAGCAUCCAGGGACAUUGGGACCCCCAGAUCUGAGCCAGCGGGAGAAGCUGCAGGGGCAGGACCGGAGCCCAAGCAGAGCAGGAGGGCAAGCGGGACUCCGGAGCAGGGCCAAAGCAGAGACGGAGCUGGGAGCAGCCAGGAUCUGAGUCAGGCCGACGAGCUGUGGCUGCAGGAGACGCGGAGCCUGUCCGAGUGGGCGUCCUAACGCGCCCCCGACUCCCCCAGCCCUGCCCGUGCGCGCCCAAUAAAGAGCAUUCCCCUUGGGCUGUCAGCGCCAUCACUGCCGGGGUGCAGAGCAGGAGUGUGCGGGACCCCCCCCCGUCUCCUCCCCCGCAGGGGGGGGCCGUGUGGGGGCUGAGGCGGGGGGCUGAGCUGGAGCGGCUGCGGGGGCCCGGGAGGCGGCAGGGACUGGG